UGUCUCUCUUGCUUCAAAAUGGUAAGGAAGUGUAAUAAAAAAAAACUUCAAACCUAAAAGCGUUGAGUAACGACGGAGGGAAAAAAAUAAAAUCAUCCACCCAACUGGUGGCCCAUUUCUUGAAAAAUAAAACAACAUACGAUGUAAAAUCUUUUUGAGAAUCUCAAAAUUCCCAAAGUUUCUCAGUAGCCAAACAAGAGGUUAAUUUUUUUAGCUGGAGUGGAACAACAAAACGCAUAGAAACGACAGAGGACCACAAGUUGCAAAACCAGCGAGCAUCCCCAAAACAGUUAACAGUGGUUGCCGUCUACAAUUUAUUUUACCUUUCUUUUCUCUCUCUAAGCCCAUGCACCUCUCUGCCUUCUUCAGUAUCCAGACCUUUUUCUCUCUCUCUUUCUCUCUCAUCUGUCUGUUAAUCUAUGUCACAGCUGCCACGUGUCAACUUGUUUCCAUAUCGAUCGAGCCUACCUAAGUUGCAGGUCUUAAGUAUUCUCCUUUUCAGUCCACUACUCCUCUUUCUUUCUCUCUCUUUGCUAAUUUCACCGUGCAUUUAUCAAAACCCUAAUCCAUUUUUAUAUAAUUUUUUUCCUUUCUGUUUCUGUCUGAAUUGACAUUCUCGACUGGAUCAAUUUGGUGAUUUUGUGUCUAGAAUUGGGUUGAUUUCUGUUGGGUUUAAUUUCAUUGAUUUGGGGUGGAAAUCAAUUUGGGAAAUUGCGGAGAUCUGGCGCGGAUUGGGUUGAAUUUUGAUCUGGGUGUAACGAAUCAGCGGUUUGGAUCCGAUCGGGGAAGCAACAGCGCCAUCUGAUGGCGCUGUUCAGACGGUUCUUUUAUCGGAAGCCACCGGAUCGGCUUCUCGAGAUCUCCGAGCGAGUCUACGUAUUUGAUUGUUGUUUCUCCACUGACGUAUUGGAAGAAGAUGAAUACAAAGUUUACAUGGGUGGCAUUGUAGCACAACUACAAGACUACUUUACUGAUGCUUCUUUCAUGGUGUUUAACUUUAGAGAAGGGGAUAGGCGAAGCCAAAUCUCAGACAUAUUGUCUCAGUAUGACAUGACAGUUAUGGACUACCCUCGGCAAUAUGAGGGGUGUCCUCUUCUACCAUUGGAGAUGAUCCACCAUUUCUUGCGAUCAAGUGAGAGUUGGUUGUCACUGGAGGGGCAACAGAAUGUCUUGUUAAUGCACUGUGAAAGAGGAGGAUGGCCGGUGCUUGCUUUCAUGCUUGCAGGUCUUUUAUUAUACCGAAAACAGUAUAAUGGGGAACAGAGAACUCUUGAAAUGGUCUACAAGCAAGCUCCAAGGGAACUGCUCCAUCUGUUGUCCCCUUUGAAUCCACAGCCUUCCCAGUUGAGAUAUCUUCAGUAUAUUUCCAGAAGAAACUUUGGUUCAGAUUGGCCUCCAUCGGAUACACCUCUAAAGUUGGAUUAUCUUAUUCUUAGAAUCCUUCCUCUGUUUAAUGGGGGAAGGGGUUGCAGGCCGGUGGUUCGUGUUUAUGGUCAGGAUGCUUCAGCAAUGGCAAACAGAAGUUCUAAGCUUCUGUUUUCAACUUCAAAGACAAAAAAACAUGUUCGUCACUACCAACAGGCAGAGUGUACAGUAGUGAAAAUAGGUAUUCAUUGCCGUGUUCAAGGGGAUGUUGUUCUUGAAUGUAUCCAUUUGGAUGAAGAUCUAGUACGUGAGGAAAUGAUGUUCAGAGUUAUGUUCCACACAGCAUUUGUCCGUUCAAAUAUUUUGAUACUCAACCGUGAUGAGAUUGAUGUCUUGUGGGAUGUGAAGGACCAGUUCCCGAAAGACUUCAAAGCAGAGGUACUUUUUUCGGAUGCCAAUGCCAUUGGGUCUAUUUGCACCACAGAAAUAGCUGGUGAAGAUGUGAAUGAGAAUGAAAGCGCUUCGCCUGAGGAGUUUUUUGAGGUUGAGGAGAUCUUCAGCAAUGCUGCAGAUGCACAGGAGGUGAAGGGGGACUAUGAUAUUCAUGCCGUUCAAGACAUUAUGAUGGACGAUGGAAAUCAUAAAGAAGUCUGGAAGGAGGAUUUGGAUCCUCAGGCAUUUCAAGACUGUGCAUCAGAUGAUGGGAAUCACAAGUUAGAUGGAAGAGUAGACUCUAAUCUUCCUUCAGCAAAAGCCAUUGCGUUGGGUAAUAGGGAUGACAAGUUAAAAUCCAUGGUAGUGGUCUCUGCUGUUCUUAGAAAUAGAGAAACCAAGGAGGUAACUGCAGAUGUGUGCCUGGAUGAUGGUGAUAAAAUAUUAGAUUCCCCGGUAGUAGUUGCUGAUGAGCUCAAAAACAUAGGAACCAAGGUAGUUGCUGCAGACUUGUCUAGCAAAUCAGGAGAGAUGGAGGAUAAUAGAGAAGACACUGCUGAUGGGAUCAGAAACAUAGAGACCAAUGUAGUGAUUGCAGAUGUAUCUAGAAAAUUAGAACUGGAGAAUAAAUGUGAUAGAGAAGACAUUACUGAUGGGAUCAAAGUAAUAGAAACCAACUUAGUGACUGCAGAUGUAUCUAGCAAAUUAGAAGACAUAGAGAAUAAAUUUGAUAGAGAAGGCAUUGCUGAUGGGGCCAAAAACAUAGAAACCAACUUAGUGGCUGCAGACAUAUCUAGCAAAUCAGAAGAGGUGGAGAAUAAUCGUGAUAGAGAAGACAUUGCUAUGCAGAAGCAGAUUGACAAUAGGGUGCCGCAGCAAAAGUUGAAUGCUGAUUCUGGUAGGCAAAAGUCUGAUAAAUUACUGCCACCUGCACCCAGGAAACAGCCUGCUUCAACUGCAAAACCACCAGCUGCAGAGUCAGUCAUAGCCAAGCAAAAAGUUAAACAGCAAGAACCUCAGAGUGCUGCUGCAAAACCUACAAAGCAAAAACCAUUGGUAUCUCGAUGGAUUCCUCCUAAUAAAGGCUCCUACACUAAUUCCAUGCAUAUUUCAUAUCCACCAUCAAGGUAUAAUAGUGCACCAGCUGCUCUAGUCAUCACUGCUCUUUCAAAGGAUUCUAAUGCUGAUGGCAAUCUAGAGGUUCCUUCUGUUGCUGCUGCUCCUCAAGUAGUGGCUCCAACUGGCAAUGAACCUGUACCGGCAAGUCAUGGGGAGGAUGCUACGAAGAUUUCAGAUUCUGCAUCAGAUACACUUGCUUCCUCAUUUGGAUUGCCACAUCCUGGCCCAGAGCAAGUUAUAGCCCUUCCUCCUUCUCCACCUCCGCCUCCUCCACCUCCACCACCCCCACCUCCAUCUUCCAAUGUGUUUUCAUAUGCUUUGAACCCUCAGUCUUCUUCAGCCACACCUUCAUAUGCUAAAGAAACAAAGGCUGCCCCAAUCCCGCCCCCACCUCCACCACCACCACCACCUCCUCCUUCGAUCUCUUCAACAUAUGCUUAUUUCCCUAAACCUCCUCCACCUGCUCCAUCUCCUCCACUCAUUCAUCAUGCUGUCCGCAGAACUUCCCCUCCCCCUCCCCCUCCCCCUCCCCCACCCCCUCCACCUGCACCUCGGGUGCAUGCUCAUAAUGCAGUUCCUGUAACUUCCUCUCCACCUCCACCUCCCCCUCCCCCUCCUACUCCAUCUAGUAGGCAUAAUAUUGGGAUGGUUUUACCGCCUUCUCCAUCUCCACCAUCUUGGAACUCUAGGCCUUCUUCAAAUGCUCCUACAAUGGUAGCAGGUUCUCUGCCGCCGCCUCCUCCUCCACCUCCACCUCCUCCUCCUAUGAGUACAGCUGCUGCAUCAAAGCUUGUUGGAUUUGGAGUCCCUUCUCCCCCUCCCCCUCCUCCUCUACCUUCCAUGCGAGGUGGGCCACCUCCUCCUCCACCACCCCCUGUCCUUGGAGUUCCCCCACCACCUCCUCCUCCUCCCUUGCGUGGAGGUCCACCUGCACCACCCCCGCCUCCUUCACGUGGAGGUCCACCUCCACCACCCCCACCUCCUUCUCGUGGAGGUCCACCUCCACCACCUCCGCCUCCUUUACAUGGAGCUCCACCUCCUCCACCACCUCCUCCCAGAAGUGGGGUGCCUCCUCCACCACCUCCCCCUAUGCGUGGAGCACCGCCUCCGCCACCUCCUCCAAUGCGUGGAGCACCACCUCCUCCACCACCUCCAAUGGGAAGAGCACCGCCUCCGCCGCCACCUCCAAUGCGAGGAGCACCACCUCCCCCAUUUGGUGGAGCACCACCUCCUCCGCCACCUCCUACUGGUAGAGGCCCACCUCCACCACCUCCUCCUGGAGGUCGUGCACCUGGUCCUCCUGCACCACCUCGGCCUCCAGGUGGUGGACCUCCUCCACCUCCACCCUUUGGUGCCAAAGGAUCAAAUUCACUUGGAUCAUCGACUGAUGCAAGAGGCUUGCCUUCUGGAAGAGGGAGAGGGCUUUCACGCCCUUUGGGUCCUACAGCACCUCGUAGAUCUUCCUUAAAGCCAUUGCACUGGAGCAAGGUAACAAGGGCAUUGCAAGGAAGCUUAUGGGAGGAGUUGCAAAGAUAUGGAGAGCCUCAAAUUGCGCCAGAAUUUGAUGUCUCAGAGUUGGAGACUCUUUUCUCCGCCACAGUCCCAAAUUCGGCUAAUAGCUUAGGAGGUAAAUCCGGUGGGAGGCGCAAGUCUGUUGGAUCUAAAGCUGACAGAGUCAACCUGAUUGACCUGAGGAGGGCCAAUAACACUGAAAUUAUGCUCACAAAAGUUAAGAUGCCACUUUCUGAUAUGAUGGCAGUAGCUGUUGUUUACUGUUGUACAUAUUCUCAGGCUGCAGUUCUAGCAAUGGAUGAGUCAAUUUUAGAUGUUGAUCAAGUGGAAAAUCUCAUAAAGUUCUGCCCUACUAAAGAGGAGAUGGAACUUCUUAAGGCCUAUACUGGUGAUAAGGAGGCCCUGGGAAAGUGUGAACAGUUCUUUCUGGAGCUGAUGAAAGUGCCCCGUGUGGAGUCUAAAUUAAGAGUAUUUUCCUUCAAGAUUCAAUUUGGAUCUCAGAUUUCAGAUUUUAGAAAAAGUUUGAACACUGUAAACUCUGCAUGUGAAGAGGUUCGCAAUUCGGUGAAAUUGAAGGAAAUCAUGAAGAAAAUUCUUUACCUCGGGAAUACAUUGAACCAAGGAACUGCAAGGGGUUCUGCGGUUGGAUUCAAGUUGGACAGUCUUUUAAAACUCACUGAUACACGUGCCUCUAACAGCAAGAUGACACUUAUGCAUUAUCUUUGUAAGGUGCUUGCCUCUAAGUCACCAGGACUUCUAGAUUUCCAUGAGGAUCUUGUUAGCCUGGAGGCUGCAUCAAAGAUACAAUUGAAAUCUUUAGCAGAAGAAAUGCAGGCUAUAAUGAAGGGGUUGGAAAAGGUCAAGCAGGAGCUGAAUGCAUCUGAAAAUGAUGGUCCUGUAUCGGAUAUUUUUCGUAAGACAUUGAAAGAGUUCAUUGGUGUUGCUGAGGGACAGGUGGGGUCUGUGACAAAUCUAUAUUCUGUGGUGGGCAGAAAUGCAGAUGCACUUGCACUAUAUUUUGGCGAGGAUCCUGUCCGCUGCCCAUUUGAACAAGUCACUGUAACCCUCUUAAACUUUAUAAGACUGUUCCGGAAAGCGCAUGAAGAGAACUGCAAGCAAGCUGAAUUAGAGAGGAAGAAGGCUCAGAAAGAGGUUGAAAUGGAGAAGGCAAAGGGAAUUAACCUAACAAAGAAGGGUGUAAAGUAGCAGAUGUUGAUUUCUCUCUACCUCCUCCAUGGGAAACGGAGUUCCCACCAUAUGGCAGAGUUCUUCACCAUGGUAACUCUGAGUGACUGCAAAGAGCACUGCUUCAAAUCCAGGCAUGAAGUCUCUUUCUCCAGUAUUGGUGCAAUCAUAAGCCUUUAUAGGUUUUUCAAGAAAAUGAAGCAAAAUUGCUAAUCCUUGAGGCUUGCAUGGGUUAGCUGGACGUGCUGGGGCGGGAUGCCAUUUGGUCAAUCAGAUGAUUGUGGUACUGUUGUAUAAGGUUAUAUGUCACAGGAACCAGAUUCUUACAAAUGUUGGUUGAGUACUGUGUUGACCCAGUAGCAGAGCUGCUCUUUACGAUUUAUCAAAAUGAUGGAUCUGGCCUCUCUUUCUCAUCGAUGGAAGAAAUUUUUGGUAAGGUCAGUUGAACGAAAGGCAAUUUGGUUUUGGUUUUCACCAUUCAUAUGGCAUUAUUUCUUUGCGGCACAAGAAUGAAUGCCGUCAGGAUUGUAUAGCACAGGCCCAGAAUGUACCAUCAGACCCUGUACAAAGCUCUAACCCUCUACUUACACAUGAGGUUGAUUCUUUUUUCUUUUCUUUUCCAUGUAACAUAAAAAAGUUGGUCCGGUUUUGUUCAUUUAUGGAGAUUUUGACAGGAACCCGUCACGAAAUAUGUUGUAUAGGUCAGGUUCAGAAAGAGAAAUUAGAGAUGGGUUUCCAUUUAGUGUAGUUGUAAUAUAACCGAAAUAUAGGCUACGGGUUGGAAACUGCUUGUUUCUUUCAUUUGAUUCAUCUUUAGUUAAAAGUAUUCUCAUUUAUUAAAUGGCAAAGGUUUUCUUGUCUUUUUCUCAA